AUGUCUUUCCCCUUCACCCUACGAAUGCUUUCCGACGACAAUCAUCCGCGAGACGACACCUGCCUGUUGGAAAUUCCGAAGGAGGUCCAGAACAACAAUGCCGAUGGAGUGUUUUAUCAAGUCAAUGGUAUCCAGAAUGUUUACCAUUGUCCGCGCUCUGCGCCCCGAAACGCCAGCCGGGGCGGUGUCAUCAAGGAAGGGGCUACGUUAGAGACGACUUAUGACGAGGAUGUGGAUACAGGUAACCGCAGCAGAGAGUUGGAACCCUAUCAGACCGUCAUCGAUUCACUGUCACGUAUGAAGCAUCGACUCCUGACGCUUUCGAAACGCUUCCCUUCCAACAGCGUCAUUGCAGGUGUUUGCGGCGAAGCCGAUGAACUUGUCACUCUAGUACGAUAUGUCGGGAGGACCAUUCGUCAGAUUGAGAAAGUGGAUCCAGUUCUUAUCACCCACUCCUUCUUCCUGCACAUGCAAGCGCGAACGUUCUGGUACACGUCUUGGGUGAAGAGCCUGGAGAAGCGACUCGAUGAAUAUAAACCUCGCCAACACUCCAAACGAGCGUGUAGGAAGACAGGGAACGUCGCACCCUGCAGCUGGCCUCGUUUGUCCCAAGAUCUUCAGAAGUUCUUUCGUAUCUAUCGAACUGCAAUGAGAAGGUUUCUAUGUCCCCUCCUCGCCUCGCGAUUCCUUGAGGACUUUGAAAUCGAAGUUCCCGGGUUGGAGCGUCUUGUGGCUAGCCUGUCGCCAACACAAGACCUUCACCACCCACAGGUAGACACGAUCUGGGUCCGGGGCCCGACUGCGCAGAAAUGGUUCAGCAUUCCGCUAAGAUUCUGUAAAACGUGGAAGGACUUCGCAAUCGUCAUAUACCAAUACUGUAGGGAAGGCCCAGAGGUCGAGUAUAUAGCCCAAGGAAAUUGGGCAAUCGUGCAUGUUGCGGACAACAAUAUUAUCGACCAAACAAGCUUCACUGGCGUCCUCAAACCAGAGAUGCGCUUCGAUAUCGGCAUCAUCGUCCAACUGCUUUCAGCAAUGUUACGUGCCACGCAGUGCCCGCAGUGUGGCCAUGUUAACGGUGGAAAUGCUUCUAAAGAUGGCUGGAUUGAUUGCUCGAACCUAGAUUGUAAUAAUCUUUUCCGCGUCGUCUUCAAGCCAUCCCCCACGUUGUCCAGGAGCAAUCAUUCAGAGCCGCUCUUUCGAAGCGUCAGCAGAAACUCGGAUAAUUCCAGGGGCACGUCUCAAAGUCGGCCAGCGCCAGUUCCCAUGGCUGGGAGUAUCCACGCAAACCUGGAGAGCAUUCCAGUCAGACCAUCAUCACCCUCCCAUAGACCCGGAACAUAUUCGUCGCCAUCUCAGGAACAAGGCCUCGCUAAUGACAUAUCGGGAUCAGUAUAUCCCAAGUUGCGAUAUCUAAACACUAAGUUCCAUCGAAUUCUUGCCAAUGUCCCACAUUCUCCUCUUCCGGAAGAUCAGUCCACUAACUCGGCUGGAGCGACGAAUGAGGGGAAUGCAUGCUGCCCAGACGUGUGCUUGCCGCCCAUGUCAAAGAUUGAAGCCGGGUCUGCUUACACCUUGUCAACUACAGCCAGAGCGCCUACUGAUAUCAAUGACAUCGACCUCGCUGGACUGGUUGCUACUCUCGCAGAGGCUAUUUUUCAGGCCACGUCAGGACUGUACGCUUUGCAUGUGGCCAUCGGCCUCUCUGGUAGCGAAGCGUCGUGGAGCCUUGUGGAAUUUGUCGAAUGCAAGCAGCUGAUCCGCAACCGGUGGGGUGCCUUGGAAUCUUUUCUGCAGCAUUUGCUCGGAUACGCUAGAGAUUAUCUCGGUCUAUGUCAGUCGCUCCAGCAUGAAAACCAGGCGCAGUAUGUGGGGGACGUGUCCGCGAUACUGGCCCACGCACAGCAAAUCCGUGGCGAAAUAUCCCGCUUUCAACCUGCCUACACUCAAAUGGUGAAAGAGUUCAACGCAAAGGUAAAUGGAUCUUCGUUUGACGCAUCGGUUUCGCCGUUUCUCGUUGCUUCGCAUGCUGCCUUGUAUCCAGAAAUCGUCAAGUCAUUCAAGGCCACCUCCGCAGCGCUAUCUGGUUCGCUUGUUCCCAUUGCUGACAUCAGUGCCUUUUGGGAUCGACACACCUCCAACCUCAUUGCAUUGUCCCGAUCCGAAGAAGAGCUGAAAAGGUUGACGCAAAACCGAAGUUACUUUGAUAUGGAAAUCACUCGAUGGAAAGCCUAUCGCACCGCCUUGCACGAUGCGAUUUACUCUAUCACUUUGUCUUCGAAUGGUGUGAUGGUCACCCCAAUGAUUCAGCGGAGCAACUGGCGAAGACGGCUUGCUCUUUUUUUCCAAUUCAAGGGCCGAUCCAGCGACCAGUCAGAAAUACCAGCCAAAGAGAAUGGGGGUCUUAAUGCUGAAUAUCGUUCCCUCAUAAAUCCGUUUCGGCAGGAAGCAGGCUAA